AUGGAGGGCGGUGGGUGCGAGAGGAUGGCGGAGCGCUGUGAGGAGGGGCAGGAUGGGGGGCGGUGGGUGCGAGAGGAUGGCGGAGCGCUGUGAGGAGGGGCAGGAUGGGGGGCGGUGGGUGCGAGGCGAUGGCGGAGCGCUGUGAGGGGCAGGAUAGGGGGCGGUGGGUGCGAGGGGAUGGCGGAGCGCUGUGAGCGGCGGCCGCCCCACCCGCGCGCUGCCGCCGCCGCCGUUACCGAGCGAGCAGAGCAAGCGGCGGCCAUGGCGGAGCAGCCACAGCCGUGCCCCGCAGAGGCGGCCCCCGAGUGCGCUCCGGAGCCGCCGAACGCUGGAGAGUUGCGUCCCGCAGGCAACACGGUUGCGAGUUGUCUCGAAGAGGUGUUACCCAGGCCUGUUACUCCGACUGUUGUACGGAAGUUUCGAAAUACAACAGAUCCAGCUCCUGGUGCUAAAAUAAUAUUCUAUGGCACAGCAGAUGAUCCUGACAUUGCAACUGACUUGACACAUGGCAUAAAGUCAAGCUCCAAAAUCACUGUAGCUUCGUUGAUAAGUCCAGUUGCUAAAAGUGAAUUUCAAGAAAAGAUGCAAGACAUGAAAGAAGCAAUUUACUCCAGUAAUCGUGAAGCACCUUUGGGUAGAUCACAUGAUCAAUCUUCUAAGUUACCCGAGGGCUUGGAUAUAAUUAAUACUAGGUUUGGAAUAAAAGUCUUCAAAGAUUUAACAGCUGGAGAGGUUGUAAAUCCACUAAAAACCUUUGAGGAAGUGGAUAAAGAAGCGAGAGAAGGACAUGAUUUGUACGUUCUGUCACAUGAGGAUUAUUACGUGGGGGAACCAGUCAAUAGGAAGUAUAACUCACACUUUGACAAGUCUUUUGUUUAUGGGAUGGAAACCCCUCACUAUGAAGAUGGGCGAAAUACAGCCAAGACCUUAAAUUGGGUCUUGGACCUGGAUUCGAAGAGAGCACCACACCUUGUGUCAAAACGAAGUGAUGAUUUCAAGGAAAAAUACCAGCCUCUGGUUGGAAAAGUGUUUGAUCCCAUAGCAGAAACUAUGAAUGUUCCCCCAGACCAUACAUUUGGAUUGGUGAUCCCUCCAGGUGAAUAUGACGUUCAUGAUCUUCUUCACAUCCGGGUUCCGUGUGAGUUCCUCCGUGGGAAGGACAGAGAAAGAGUUGUCUUGAUUGCCGUUCGGCAAAGUCUGAAGAAAGCUAAAUAUGAGAAUUUUGAUGUGUUAUUGGAAGCAUUAAAACAUUUUGAUAAGAAUGGUGAUGGAAUCAUACACAAGGACAACCUACGAAGGAUCUUUUUUCAGCUGAACGUGAAUCUAGAUGAUGAGCUCCUGGAUUCCUUAUUUGACUGCUGUGAUUUGGAUAAGGAUGGUCUGAUUAAUUACAGGGAUUUUGCAAACUUUCUGAACUGGAAAGAUAAAAUAGGUGUUAAAGAGUUUGAAGAAAAAAUAAUUAGAAAAGGGAAAAAAUUAGAUGCCUGUCUUCCCAAAGACACAAAGAAAGAGGAUGAACCACUGCCAAAACAGGAAGAUCUCGAGCUAAAAGAACCAGGAAGCGCAGAAAAGAUGCCAAAACCACUUACAAGAUCAACAGACCGUGUAUAUACAAAUUAUCAAACAACCUCUUCUCAGUAUAAUGCUGUAGUAGGUGGUAUCCCAGCAUCCUGUUAUCCAUUGUGUGGUGUUCCAACUAUUCGUUCAGAUAUUCCUGCUCCUCGAAUUCGCCGCCUCGCUGACACUAAUAAUUAUGGUGACCAGGGCAGUAGUUUUGCAGUAUUGUUCCCUUCUGUCUUCAGUCAAAAGGGAGUGUAUGAAAAAGAUCUUUUAAAAAAGAGACCAAAGGCAGAGAUUAAACAAAUUCUCCACAAUAUGGGCAUGAAUGUUGCAGAUGAAAGAUUUGAAGAAAUAUGGAAGCAAGUGUGUACAAAACAUGAGAUAAAAGAGCUUUGUGAUUGUGAAGAAAGUAUGUGGAAUAUACUGAAUAAGAUACAUGAAUCACGCAUAGAAUCCUAGUCUCUGGGCACUGCUUUUCUUGAAUAUCAGUCAUAAUACUGAAUAAAUAAUAAUAAAUAUUUGUAUGUGUAUUGCCUUUCUGAGUAGUGGGUUCGCCACAUAUAUAUGAAUCAUUGCAGUUGGUAGGAACUGGUAUCCAUGCUUGUAAAUGUAAUACAAAUAUUUCUCUUAUAUUCAAUUUUACAUUUUUUUAAUUUUUAAUUUUUUCUCUUAAAGACAUUUUUGAAAGCACUAAAGAUAAAUGUUUCAGAUAUUCAAGUCCUCUCCAAGAUUAUUAUUAUAUAAUGGCAUUUUCCCUUUCUUCUCAUGUUCCAUAAUUCUUGUCAACAGAGAUCUGAUUGUGGCAAAGUAUUUGAGAUGUUUGAAAAUUCAUGUGAGAAGGUGAUUUACAGUGAAGUAGUAAGGAAGGUACAUAGCAAUAGGUGUGGGAUCUAGAGUGUUGUCAUGAAAUAGGCUCCAUAAAAACCUAUGGGUUAAGAAAUGCCAGAAAUGAAUGUCCAGUUGUGUGGCAGAGGGCUCCUAUUCUUUAUGCAAGCUUGUGACUAUUACUUAAUAGUAUUCAGCUUUCACAAUGAAGAAAAAAGAAUGGACACUGAGAGGUGUUUAGGUAAUAAACAUUACAUAAAAGUGCAGGCUGAGUAGUCUGAAAAGUUUGUGAGGGCUUUCAGAGAGCCAACUGUUCAUCUGUGACCAAUAUAGUUUCUUGGGAAGAGGGAGAGUCAUUAAUGAAAAACACACAGAGAUUAUUAUUGUUAUUAUAAUCUCAAUGUGUAUAUAUAAAGCCCAAUAAGAAUAAACAAUGGAAAGUGAAUAAUACUAAAACCUGUAACUGUGAGUUGGAAUGUUCAUUCUUCUACUGCAUUACUGAACUUCAGUAUAAAAAAGAUGGAAACUGUUCACUGUUAACAAUGAGAAAUGCUACUUCUAGACUUCCAAAUUCAAACUGCCCAAUGUAAUCUUAACAGAAAGGAUUUCAAGAAGGAUGUUACUUUGUCACCUAUUGGUGCUUUAAAUACCUUAAAAAGACUUGAGAAUGUUGCCAGACAAAAGCAUUGCUGAGUUUUACAAUGAAAGUAAAGGUUCUGUUAUGUUAAAUACUAGAAAUGCAAAUGUAAUGCCAGCUUAAAAUUUUACUAUAACCUUCUCUCAUGUUUGUUAAGAUUCCUCUUUUGCCUAUGUUCUAGGAGCUGGUCACUUACAUGUAACUAACUUGUUACAUGAAAUCUGCAAGCCAGACCCUUUUGUGCGUUAUUUUUGUAGCAUUAACAGUAGAUAUCUUACAUCAAGUAGAAAGAAUUUGGUUUCUGGUAUCUCCAAGGAGCAGGUGGUGGAAAUGCUGCCUGAUGAAGCCAGCUUCUUUCCUGCUGUGAAUGAAUGUUCUGCGCUGUUACUGCCUUGCCUCAUCAUCCUUGUAGAACUCUCUGCAUGCACUCAGAAGCAUGCAGGAGGUAGACUGACUGGCCCAAGUGGAAUCAUGACAGAAAGAUAAAUGUACAGCUGAUUACAAUUGAAUUUAUUAUGUUAGAAUUUUAUCACCUUCAGUGAAAUCCUCUAAAUCUUCUUAUUAUGUGAGAGGGAAGAAUCCUUUACCUUUGCUGCAGCAAACUUUCAAAAGCAUUAGAGAGAAUUACUUUAGAAAAAACAAAAUAUUUUUCCUCUUCAAUAGAAGACUUUAGGUGAAAUAUUCAAGCUCACUUCAGGGGAAAAAUAUUGCUGGAUCUAUGUGUGUGCAUAUAUUUAUAUGCACGUGUAUAUAUAUGAGAUCUGUUGUGUUCGUUCAGCAGCUUGAAAUUCUGUGAGCCCUAUUUCCUUUUUAAUCUACCAUAAAGAUACUUGCUUGCACUCCUCUACUUUCAGUAGAAUCUUUUCCUCUGUCAGUGAAAUGGAAUUAAUGUUGUUCUUGGUCAGUCUGCUAAAUAAGUUCUGAAUAAAGAAGACUGAUAAAUCAUGGUUUAGUUUUUUGUGAGUAUAUUUGUAACCACAGACUAAAGAUUUUCUUUCAAGUUUGGGUUUGAAAUUACCCCUCUGAAGCUUUAAAAGAUAAAUUACUCAAAAGAGCUGUAAAUUCUGCUCUGCUGUUUUUCAUCACAAUACUCAGUGGGAAGCCCCUGAAAGAUUUAAUCACUGUGACACAGACAUCGACUUCUCAGGAGUUCCCCAAUUCUUUUGCUUCCUUUUGUUAAAUGCUUUGUGUACACAGAGUCUUGGUGCAGAUUUUUGUGUUUCAUGUCUGUUUGACUUCCCAAUAUGUGAAUUCAAUGACAUGUUUUUAGGCUUUAAAUCUACAAUUUGUGUUCUGUAAUUUUUAUGGCUCCCUCAAUAUAUUCUAAAUAACAGAAAAUAUAAGAUUUGCUUUCUUCUAUAGUUCAGUGUGAUUCUAGGUAUGGAGUUGGUGUAACCAGGACAGCACACUACCUUGCACUAACCAGGAGCUGUAUCCAAGGUAAAGUUUUUGGAAAGAGAUGUGAAAACAACUCAAAAGCCAUGUGUUCUGAGAGUAAAUGUAUAAAUUUAGUGCUUGAGGCAAUUUUUUCUCUUAACAGUUAUAUUAAAAAACCACAUGUUGACUGAGAUGGGGGACAAAACUACUAAACAGCAAAUUGUAGCAAAGUAAAUAUUUUGUUAAAAAUCGGUGAGUUAUAGAUGUUUUGUGUCAAAUUUUCUUAAUGAAAUUUUCAUAAAAGUAGACACUGGAUAAAAAACACAACACAUUGAGAUACUUGUGCAUUAUUUCUCCAUUAAUCUCUGUUUCACUGUGAUGAGUAUUCCAAAGAAUAAUGUAUUUAAUAAUGAUGCAUUUUUAAUUGGUUCUGUCAAGUGAACAACGUUCAUUUUAGUGCAGAUGUAUUGGUUUCCAGGAGCAGGGCAGGGAGCUCUUCCUAUAUACAGAGAUAGAGGAAAGUGGUUGCUAGUCCUCAAAAGCCAUGACAGGGCAACUGACUUUCAAUACUUAAAGACACCUAUAAAAGAUAAGGUUGAAGAUUUGAAUGUGCAAAAUUACUUUUCAUUCAUUCUGUAUUUCUGGCUCUUUAUCUUUAGAAUGUGAAUAUUAAUGUACACACAUUAAUUGACAUAUUUGUAUCAUAUGUUCACAUAUAUGUGAAUGUGAAUAGGAACGUACAUAGCUAGUAUGAGUUAGUGACUUGCUCUAAGGAAAGCAGAUGUUGGAUUCGAUUAUUCUAUUAUUAUUCCUGUUAUUAUUUCAGUUCUCUAAUGAAAAAAAAUCUGUGCAAUGGCAUUUGUUUGAGAUGCUGGAAGAUCCAGUGCACUGUCUUCCAUAGACAUGUAUGUACAAAUAAAUGUAGGCCUUUCCUUGAUA